AUGACAAGGCACCCAAAACAAAGCUCGGCCACGCUUACGGUUACGGCCACGACCGUGUCGCGCUCAACAGAGCCUGAGCCACAAGACGAUAACACACCACAUCCACACUUACGCAUCGAUGGAUCGCCUUUGAUAGGACUUCCAAACAACCCGGAUCCAUUACAGCGGCCGCACGCACGGGCCCGCGAUGUAUUGGCCUACCACCAGUUCCUCUUCAGGACCAUGCCCAACAUUUUCCCACCGGAGAGUCUUUCAUUCUGGAGAGACUAUAUUUGUCAAGAAGCGUGGGAAGUCGAAUACGUCUUUGAUGCCAUAGUCGCUCUCGGAUCCAUGCAUCGGGCAACUUUGCUGUUAUCACAGCAAAGCGAGAAUGACCGCCAUCGAGGUUUAGACACCAAGGUCAUCGCUAUUCGGGCGUAUGCAAACGCUUUGCAAGGUGUUUCAGAUAAUCUGGCUUGUGAUCAAAUCCCAAUGGCUCUUCUAUUGGGAGUACUUAUCCUCUUUGCAUACGUUGAGUGUUUCGACGGGAAUGUUCCUGCGACAAUGCGACAUAUCCAUAUGGCUCAGUAUUAUUCUCGGGCAAUGUGCUCUAAGAAUACCCAAGAAUCGGAACGAUUCAAGAAACCGAUCGAGCUAUGCCUUCAAGACUUAGAUCUCCUUCGUCGUGUUACCCUGCCGGAUCCAAAAGUGAUCAAAAUGAUUUAUCCGCUAUAUCGACAAGGUCAAAGUCCUAGUCUAUCUUUAUCAUCAUCUCAGGCGUCUCUGGACCCGUCACCGAGACUUAUGCUGCAACAGUUACUUGACAUUGGCUCUAUGGACGCCGAAAUCAAACAACUAACAUGGUGCGCAAUUGGAGUCAACCUGAGGCAGUUACCAGAGAGCAAACUUCUGGCCAUCAGUGAGAGACUGAAAUCAUGGAAAGACGCCUAUGCCGUCCUAUUCCACAGGUACGAGGUCGAUGAAGCAUUAUCAGACCCCGUAAACUUCAAUUUUGCGGCUUUGGACAAACUUUCCAUGCCCCCGGCACCUCACCUGCUUCUACCAAAAGACUACUGCCUCACUCUAGCAUUAUAUUCAUUCUACCGAGCGCGUCUGCUUUGGGCACUCAGCAUCCACAACCAUGGGGAAGGCAACCUCGAACUCGACGCCUAUCACUUUAUCUACCAGUUUCUACGAUUUGUCAAAACAGCCACAGACACUCCACCGACAAACUCCCAAGACAGUCCCUUAGGAUGCGAAGCCCUAAGAAUAGGGUUCUCGCCAAUGCUCUUCCUCGCUGCCCAAUCCUGCGCCAAACCAGCAUGGCUUCGCUGGAUAUCAUUCGAACUAGCUCGAGUCGGCCAAGAAGGCGUCUUCAAUAACAAAGCAUUCGCUUCAAGCCUCGAUGUCCUUUCGACUCUCGAGACGCGCGUCAAUAGAAACGCGGGACAGACUGGUAUCGAGCACUUCUCAUCACCGACUUCACGUGUCCUUUCUAUCAUUUUCCCUGAUAUGGAUGGACGGGCUUACGUCACAUACUACGGCCAAGUCAGCGAUAGAGAUGCAGAUGGUGGAAGCCUGUAUUCUCCAUUGUGUAUAGCGCGCUGGUCAGCUUCUGUCAAUGGGGGCAGACCUGUUGUGGACACGUUUGAUGGUGCUCAGGAGACGGUGUACAGUGAAUGGGUGUUGCAUCAGAAUCUGGUUAGGGAGUGGGUGCAAUGGUUGACUUUUUCGGAAUUUGAUCUGAAUCAGACGCUUCAUGAUCAUAUGAGCGGUAGUAGGCUUCUGCCUAAUCGUGAUGAAAUGGAUUGGUAA